AUGGUCAACAUCACAGAGAAGAUCAAAGAAAAACUCGCCCGCCUCCGUGCUCAAUUGCUUGAACCCGCUCCAGGAGCAGGUAGCGGUGGUGGUACCGGCUUCGAUGUUUCCAAAUCUGGUGACGCACGUAUAGCACUCGUUGGCUUUCCCUCUGUUGGAAAAUCGACCUUCUUAUCACGAGUCACAAAGACCAAGUCAGAAGCUGCAUCGUAUGCUUUCACUACUCUCACUGCCAUUCCUGGAGUACUCGAGUAUGGCGGCGCCGAAAUCCAGGUGCUCGAUUUGCCUGGUAUUAUCGAAGGUGCGGCGGAAGGCAAAGGGCGAGGAAGACAAGUCAUUAGUGCUGCCAAGACGAGUGAUUUGAUCUGCAUGAUUCUCGAUGCCACGAAGAAGGCUGAGCAACGGAGAUUGCUGGAGGCCGAGUUGGAAGCAGUCGGUAUAAGAUUGAACCGCGAACCACCUGUAACUAACGGCCGUCCCAGCAACAUCUACCUCAAGCCCAAAAAGGCGGGCGGCAUGAAGAUCAACUUCCAAACCCCCCCAAAAUACCUCGACGAGAAGAUGCUCUACAACAUCCUCAAAGACUACAAAAUGCUCAACUGCGAAGUCCUGAUCCGCGACGAAAACGCCACUGUCGACGACUUCAUCGACACCAUCAUGAAGGACCACCGCAAAUACAUCAAGUGCCUGUACAUUUACAACAAAGUCGACAGCAUCGGGAUCCCGCACUUGGACGAACUAGCGCGCGAACCCCACACCGUCGUCAUGUCAUGCGAGCUGGAUCUGGGGAUCCAGGAUGUCGUCGACAGGUGUUGGAAAGAGCUGGCGCUGAUUAGAAUCUACACGAAGAGAAAGGGCAUCCCGCCGGAUUUCAGCGAGGCGCUGAUUGUAAGGACGGGCAGCACGAUUGAGGAUGUGUGUGACCAGGUGCAUCGCACGCUCAAGGAUACGUUCAAGUAUGCGCUUGUGUGGGGUGCGAGCGCGAGACAUGUGCCGCAGCGGGUGGGGCUCGGACAUGUGGUUGCGGAUGAGGACGUUGUUAGUAUUGUGGCCAAAUAG